ACAUUAAAGCACCAAUACUAUAUAGCAUAGUAGAAGUGCUCAGAGCAGAGAAAGCAAACCCUAGGGUUGGUGGAAUCGAAAUCGAAGGCUCCCUUGUUCUGAAUGCUGAUGAUGACCGGAGGCGGGGAAUCAGGGUCAAUGGCACCGGUGAUGAUGACCGGCGAGUCAUUAGAGUACAAGAAUCCGGUGACUGAACCCAAAUGGAAAGGUAAAACCCUUUACUUGACGUUUAGGCAUAAUACAUCGAUGCGGGCGAUUAAGGUUUUUGAAGAUAGGCACAAUGAUUUGGGGGAAACCCACGUACCAGAGCCUGUUUGUAAGCUGGAUAUGUACAAUGAUUGUGCUUUGCCUGUUGGAAUGGGCCUCAUCAAGCUUAAUAAGAAGGUUUAUUUCGUCGGCGGAGAAACUACAUCUCUGAAAGACCCUUUCGGAACAGUUCGUUCCAUGCGCGGCGAGGCCUCUCAAUUCUUUCAAUCAAGUGACAAAGUCUAUGAAUUUGAUCCUUCAGAUCUGCCUAACAAUACCACCUGCUGCUUCCGCGAGAUCCCUGAUUACCACCUGCCGAUCCCUACGCCACAACCGAUUGUUGCAAACAUCCGGGGGAAAGUAUACGUGCUUAGUGGAGAUCAUAUCUCUCGGAAACUCGGAUCCCCAGAGAAACCUGAAUUAUCUUUCCAGGUUUUGGAAUUCAAUCCUCUUUCGAAAUCGUAUCAUUGGAAGACACUUCCUCUUCCUCACUCCUACAUUGCAGACUACAAUAACUUUGGAGAGCGAACGUACAACAUGGGUGUCGUCGGCCACAGGCUGUUUAUUAUUCAGCCUCCUAUGGAGGGUGGUGAGCUUCUUCAUAUCUUUGAUGCCCAUACACAAAGCUGGGAGUCUCACGAAGACGGCUUCGAUCUCUUGCCUCCGCCAGCCAUAACGUUGUCAGGUUUGCUAACCAGCAGUGGCCCCUAUCUCAAGAAGACAAAAAGAAGUAGUGAUAUCGGCCAGUGGUUGAUUCUGACGGAGUUAUGUCCGAUCUGCAAUUGCUAUGGGAUCCUUUACCGGCUGGAUUUUACCCACUUGGUGACUGCAAAGUGAUUGACCUGUUGGAGGAGGAUGAGCAGGACGACGAUGGGCAUUUGAGCAGCAGCAUAUUCUGUGUGGUGUAUAUAUCCCGUGAUCGUGCCCAGCUGGCUUUGUCAGUUUUCAGAGUGUCUUUGUUAUCUCCAAUGGUGGUCGUGACACCACCAACAACAGAUGAGGCCCAGUACUUGUCCCGACAAGAUAAAGGGGAAGAAGAAGCAAGUGAUGAUGAAUCCGGAGGAGGUGACUCCUUGAAUGUUGAUAUUCUGGAAAAACGUAUUUAUGCACUGGGUGACGCCUACCCUAAUGAACUUUCUGAUGCCUUCUUCCUCUAGGUAACUAACCUUUUUAUUACUGGUCAAAUACAUUUCUUUUUAGCCCAUGGUUUCCAUUUUUAUCUAUGUCGUUUGUUGGACUUGCACUAUGGCUACCAUUUUGCACUGGAUCAAUCUUGUUGGUAUCAGAAGAAAGACACAGUUCUCAUCAUCUGGCAGUUUAAAGGGUUUGUUGUUUGUAAUCUUGCCCUGCUUCUUCGCGUUGAAUCAUCUAUUUUCUGCUAUGUGUGGUCUGUUUGAGUGGUUGUUCCUCAUUCCUGCAACUAAUAUUGGUGAUCUCUUAUUAUAACAUUAGGAAGUGAUGUGAUGAUUGAACCGAGGCUGUGGUGCUGAAUGUCAGUGGUGGGCGCCAUUUUGCUGGUCUGCAGACUGCAGUCUACUUGCUUUCCCUCCGGGACUGGGGUUUUUCUUGUCAUCUAUAUGGCGCACUGUGUACUGCUAAACAUUGUGCUUCGCUUCCCUACAUUCUGCGUCUCAUUUGGUAGAUUAUUUUAGGUUUGACCUAGGUCUGUCGUUAUCAUUUUGUGUUAUGCUUGCUUGCUUUCGCUCUGCCUAUGGCUAUCCGCAACCUGUAAGGUCAAUAGUAUUGUUUGUGUUAGCUCUAAAAUGUAACGGAAAUGCUUGUUAAAGUUUCGUAAGAACAUCUAUGGAAUGUUGCCGUUCGUAUUGGAUUUUCUCCGUCAAUGUUUUGUGGCAGCAUGCUGAUCCGAUUCAUAUCUGUUGGCAACCCGGAUGCCCAGAGAAACUGGACUUAGCCUUCCCGGUUUUAGAAUUCGAUCUUCUUUCUACGAUGCAGCCUCCCCGUUCUUUGGAGAGCGGAAGACCAAGGGUGGUGUCCUUGGCCACAUGCUGUUUAUUUUGCAGGCUUGUGAGUGUUAUACUGUACAUAUCUUUGAUGCCCAUAAACAAAGCUGGGAGUCUCGCGAAGACUACGUCUGGCCCUUGGGUUAUCUACCAACCACAACUAGGGGUGGGCAACGGGAAACGGGUAUUUGGGUAUACCCGUACCCGUCCCGUUUUUUAAGGGUUACGGGUACCCAUAUUACCCGUAAUAUUAUAAAUGGAUGGGACUUGGGAUUGUACAUUCCUAAUAUGGGUACCCCGCGGGUUACCCGCAAAUACCCGUUUGGGUAAUGUGGGUACCCGUUUUACCCAUUUGCCAACUCUAAUCCAUAGAAAGGGAAUGUCCACUUCGCCACAAAGAUGAAACUUUUCUUAGUAAAGAAACAAAGAACGCUAUGUGAACAUAAUACUUGUAGUCUGCACUCUGCAGUGACAUGCAACCUAAACUCAUCCCUGUCCAAGAAGUACCAUAGAUUAUUUUCAUAGUUCAAAGUAGUCAUCAAUCGCUAAAGGAACCUCAGCGGUGUAUGAUUCCUUAACAUUGAAAUUAUCAGUUACAUUUUUCCUUCUACCCUGCUGAGUGCUGACAAUAGCUGAAUGCAUGCAGGUUACCCUGUAUACCACUCAAUGUAUGAUGACUUUGUCUGGAUGGAGAAGUUUGGUGACCCUAAUUUUCGCAGGCACAUCGUUGUGAUUGUUCAUGAUUUGUGUUGAAUGAAACUUAUUAUUUGAU